CCGAGACGCAAGCCUUGCUGCCAACUUCGCUCACUGCACACGCCCGCUACCAUCCACCCCACCCUCCCCCCGGCCCGCUCCCCACCCACUACAAGGGCUUUUCCACUGUACAUGGCUGUCGGAGCCAUUGCACAACACAGCGCAUCUACAUGAAUCGCCAACGGACAAAAGGGUGCUCCAUCCUUGAUAGCGCCGAGCACUCAUUCGAGCCUCAACUCUCUGCACCGGCCUUCAUGUGCCAAAAUGCUCGCUCCACAGAGGCUUCCGACACCGUAGCCCUGGACGCCCACCGCGAUGCCCGCCAAAUCGUUCGUCUGAUCCAAUGUCCACGAUGCUCCAAGCCUCUGAGCACCCCGGUCACCCUGCCCUGCGGCCAUACCGUCUGCCGCGGCUGCCUCCCGCCUCCACAACCUCGCACCAACAUAUCAUAUCCCAAUACACCAGAUCGUCUCAUGGGCAUUGCGUGUCCAUUGCUGGGUUGCGGGGCCGAACACGCCUCGGCGGAGUGUUCUGUCGACGUGACCCUGGCCAAAUUGAUGGACCUAAUCAAGAUGGAAAUGACCAAGCAUACCGCAACCAUGGAAAACACUCCAACGCUUCUCGUUGAAUUGCUCCAGCUUGAAGAUGAUGCGUCCAUGGACGAGAAAGAAAAGGAGACGUCUGCACGCCAAGGCCACCAGCAGGAACUACACGGCGGGCAUCUUGCGUCUGCAUUUACCAUGGCUGACCUGGGCAACCUCCGGUACACUUCCGAGAUCUGCUACCAGUCACUAUCGGCAAGUGGGGACGAUUACGAGCACCUAGACCUGAUGCUAUUGGAACGCCUAAGGGAAGUAAUACACAAGGAGCUAGACUGCCUCGUCUGUUACAACCUGAUGCUGGACCCUACAACAACGUCGUGCGGUCAUACAUUUUGCCGCCGUUGUCUUGCCCGCGUCAUGGAUCACAGCAGCAUUUGCCCGUUUUGUCGAAGAGGCCUGCAUGUCCCUGCCUCAUUACAGAAUCAGCCAAGCAACGUCAUACUCAACUCUCUGUUGAAUGGACUUUGCCCAGACUUGGUAGGUGCUCGUGCAGAUGCCCUCAAGGCUGAAGAGCAGGCGGGCGACAACGUGCUAAACGUUCCGCUGUUCAUCUGCACGCUGUCGCUUCCAUCCAUGCCCACCUUUCUUCACGUCUUUGAGCCCCGCUACCGACUUAUGAUGCGACGUGUCAUCGAGGGUAAUAGGCAGUUUGGUAUGGUCAUGUACAACCGCACACGCGCUCCGCAAGGCGAUCUGGGCUCAGUUCCUUUUCUGGAAUAUGGCACGCUACUGGAAAUUGUCAACUACGAGCUUUUGCGCGAUGGGCGUAGCUUCAUCGAAACACGUGGCGUAGGUCGAUUCAAGGUGAGAGCGCAUGGCAUGCUUGAUGGAUAUCACGUCAGCCGCAUCGAACGUGUUGAGGAUGUUUCUCUUGCGGAGGAAGGAAUACUAGAGCAGCGCGAGACUACCAUGGCACGUGACUAUGCUGAGGCCUUCUUCCGCGAUCAUCCGCAGACCCAGCUCCCCACCGAGGUUGCCAUUGAAACUUUAUCCACACAACAACUGCUCGACAGUUGUACAGCCUUUGUUCGAGAGAUGAGGGAAGCCAGCGCACCUUGGCUCCGCGAGCGUAUCAUCCAGGUGUAUGGCGAGCCACCAGAGGACCCUGCCAUUUUUCCGUAUUGGUUUGCUUCCGUCGUACCUAUCGUGGAAGAGGAAAAGUACAUUUUGCUGCAAACGGAACGGGUCCGCGAGCGCCUCAAGAUUGUGUAUUCAUGGAUUGGUAGGAUCCGUGGGCAGCGCUGGUCCUCAGGUAAUUCAUGCAGCAUCCUGUGACUCUUGACUACUCUCGUCGCCAUCGCCAUUGCGCUUCUGUCUGCUGCCCCUCCACGUCAAGCCAUGAUUCGCAUCCACUAGAAAAGCAGGUUUUGAUGACGAGUGUGUGUCUCCACCAUCGAAUCGAGAAACCGGAUCCAACAACCUUCCCCCGGGCCCCUUCUGUCUCUCUUCAACUUGAGGACCCUUGGUUACAGUCUCUUUCGAAGAAUUGCUAGCCAUUCAAACUUCUCCUGUGUAUAGGCAUCGUGGCUGUUCUUUUUUUAAGCCCACUCACGACAACUUUUUAUCAUCAUCUUUGGUCGUUUUUUGUAUACUGCUGGUCUUUUCGCUUCUUCAAUGAUUACCCCCUUUCAGGAG